AUGCCGGCAGCACUCGCGAUCGAUACACGGCCAGGCAGUAAAGCUGACGAAGACAGUCCUUCUUCAGCCGUCAGCACGCCGAAUUCUCUGUUCGACGAGGUUCCGCCGCACUCGGUCGCGAUGAUGAAAUGCCCACCGAUCCCUGGGCUUUUCUACGACCCAUCUGUGCUGAUACCGGAAGGGUUAUCCACACUGGUCCAGAUGUCGUGCAUGUCUACAUUUUUCAAUGUUCCCGGAGCCAAUCAAGUCAUGUUGUUCUCUCGACCCGAAUCCGCUGAUGGAGCUCUGCCAUCUUUCCUGCAGCAGCUCUUGCGAACUUUGGAGGACGUGCUACGCCCAAUUCUGCCUGCGGGCACCCAUCGGCUCCUCUUCGCUGCUGAUUGGGAGGGAGACGGGGUCGGGAGAGCGCGACAGGCAAUAGUGAAUCAUUAUUUAGCAGGAGAAGGGAUCACGCCGCACGUUGAUUUGCUGUCCCGUUAUGGAGAUGGGAUUGUCGGCGUGAGCUUCGGGAGUCCAUGUGCGAUGGCGUUCACUCCAGCGCCUGCGACGGCCGACAACGCCACGACACAUGAGGUCUUCCUGCCACCUCGGAGCGUUAUCGUGCUCACCGGCGAUGCACGCUACACAUGGACACAUGGUAUUCCUGCCCGAACCGCCGACUACGUUGCUUCCAAAGACGCAGAUACGGACCCCGAACGGGUGGAACGCACAACUCGAGUUAGUGUCACCUUCAGAUGGCUCCUCCCGGGUGCGGACAUUGUGGGCGGCCCGUAG